AUGGAUUUGAAGGACUGGUUCCUUGCAUUUAUUGCUAUUUUUGUUCCACCUGUGGCAGUUGCCCUAAAGUGUGGUUUAUUAUCCAAAGAUUUAUUAGUAAAUUUCUUACUGUUUUUUUUUGGUUUCUUUCCUGGUUUGAUACAUGCGCUUUGGGUAAUAAGCAAACAUCCACGAUUAAAAGAAACCAUUAUGACAGAUGAGACUACAAUAAAUUCAAAUACAAAUUAUGGAUCAAUUUGA